CGACGAGCGACGAGCGAUAUCCAAUGAGAGCUUUGCUUUUUCAAACGUCUAUCGAGCGAUUAUUUUAUGAAAAAUACAAGUCGAUGAUCAAGCUAGUAUACCGAAAGUAUGGGGAUUACUCACGUGUACGUGAUGUGAGGUUAGCCGCUUGUCAUUAGCCAUUUGUCAUUAUCGUUAUUGGUUCUAAUGCACUUUAUAUUGAGGUAAAAUAAUUUUUUCGACAAAAUCGCGAUCGAGAUGACGACGAAGAAAGGUAAAAUAUUAACUAAAGGAGCAAAACAGAUAAAAGAGGAAAAUGUUUCUACAUUGAGUUUCUAUGCUUACAUGGCUCUAGGCGCAAUGGGAAUUUACUUCGCUAUAACAAUGGUGUUGUUUGAAUUCACCUUGCUGAGAAUAAGUUUAACAGCAUUUUCUGCAAUUGUAUAUGUAGGAAGCUAUCAAUUUAUGUCAUAUAUGGCUUCUACCACAUAUUCAGAAUCUGGCCAGCUCUUGGAUCCUGGUGUGGACCUCAACAUGGAAGGUGGUAUAGCAGAACAUGUUAAGGAUUUAAUCAUACUAACGUCAGGAAUACAGGUCCUAUCCCUCAUUUCAAAUUACUUUUGGCUAUUGUGGCUUCUGGUACCAUUGAGAGGAAGUUGGAUGCUAUGGAAACAGAUUUUGGCUCCAUGGUUCUUUGCCCAGCCACAAGAACAGCCUGAGAUGAGUGAAAAAAAAAUGCGCAAAUUAGAGAGAAAAAUGGCAAAACGACACUGAAAAUUCUUGUGCGAUAAGGAAAUUUUGUUGAAUGACAAUUAAUUUAGUUUGAAGCAAGUUUGAAACAUUAGGAAAGAAGAGAUAUUAAGAUUUUUUAUCUAGAGGAUUAAGAUUGCGCGAGUGGGUUCUGUAUUUACAAUAGAAUAAAUAAGAUGGAUUGAAGCUUUGAAAAUUUUAUGAAGAAAAAUGGGAAAAAAAAGGCUAGGGAUUAGAAGGAUAAAUUUCAUCUCUGCUGAAAUGUUUCAAUUGAUUCUUGGUAAGACUGCAGAGCUUUUUAUACAUCUAAAAAAACUAGACGCUUUUUUUAUUUAGUAAUAGAUUUAUAGAUUUAUUCCUAUAUAAGUCGAAAGUUAAAUUAUCAUUAGAUAGAUAAAUGUAAUAAGUGAAUUAAAUAUAUUUGUUUAAUAAAGAAUAUUACAUUGUAUAGUAUAUUAAUAAUUAUAAACAUUGUUAGCUUAUAUAGGAAUAAAACUGAUAAUGUCUCAGUGGAUAAAAAGUAUCAUGAUGUUUAUUUUUGCAUUUAUUUAUUAGUUAUAUUUAUGUAAAUGGUCUUUGUAAUUAUAGCGAUAUGAUAUACUCAA